AUGCGAUUAACGCUGGCAAUAAGAAAUUUGAUAAAAUUUCAAAAUUUGGAUAAAUGGCCGAUUGAAAUGAUUGAAGAAAUGAAAACGUGUUGUUACGUGAAACGGUAAUUUUUUUCGAACUCAAAAAAUAUUCAUUUUCAAUUUUUUAGAGAUUUUAUUACCAAAACUGAAGAAUCUGCAUUGCUUAAAGAAGUUGAACCACAUAUGAAAAGAUUGAGAUAUGAAAAAAGUCAUUGGGAUGAUGUAAGAAAUUGAAUUUUGAAAUAAAAUAUUAAGAAAUUCUGAUUUGUUCAGGCAAUUCAUUUAUAUCGAGAAAGAGAACAAAGAAAAUGGUCAGAUGAAAAUUGUGAAGUAAUUAAACGAAUUCGAAGCGAAUCUUUUGGACCAAAUGCGGAACAUUUAACCUAUGUUCAUAUUUUGGAUUUACAUAAAAAUGGUGUGAUUAAACCACAUAUUGAUAGUAUUCGUGUGAGUUUUAUUGAAAAGGGCGAUUUUUAACAUCAAAAUAUUUACAAAAAUAAUCUUUUGAAAAGAAAUUCUGUCUGUAAAAAUUUCAGUUUCAAAAAUUCCCUCGUUCUUUUUCCAAUUUCCCUUAUUCGUUUUUUCAUCUUAAUUUUUCAGUAUUGUGGAGAUGUAAUUACCGGAGUGUCGUUGUUAUCCGAUGCAAUUAUGAGAUUGAGACAUAAAGAUCGAAAAGAUGAACUGAUUGUUGAUUUAUUGAUGCCACGUAGAAGUUUAUAUAGAUUAGGGUAAUUUUUAAAUAUUUUGAACAAAACUGGAAAAAAAUGUAUCCCAUUUUUAAUUUUCAAACAGUUUGAAAACAAAAUUGUAUUUUUAGCUUGGGCAAUUAAAAAAUACCAAAAAAUCAUAAAAUUGUAUAUUUUCACAUAUUUUUUACAGAGAAUUGGGUCGAUAUGAAUUCACACAUGAAGUUCUUGGAGAAAAUGAAAGUAUUUGGGAAUCUUCGAAAAUUGAGAGAAAUCGACGAAUAUCAAUAAUAUGCCGAGAUAUUCCGAAAAAAUGUAAUAUUCAACAAGAAAACAUUGAACUAAAACCAAUUCCAGAAACUUUAUAG